CCUAUAUAUAUUUAUCUGUGCCUCGUGUCUCCACAUUCUGGAAACCACUUGUUCUCUGUACGUGCUUUGAAUCCCCAAGUAGCAACUGCACCGAUCUUAAAGCCUUUAGAUCCAUUAUUCUUUCAUUAAUGGUAUUCUCUAUUCUGGGUUCAUUUUCUCAGAUUAGAUUUUGUUGAUCUGUUGCUUCAACGUUUCAGGAUAUGGGCUUGUGGACAUUGGUGGAAGGCCUUCUUCUUCUUGCAAAUGCAUUGGCAAUACUGAAUGAGGAACGGUUUCUUGCUCCCAGAGGAUGGGGCUUCUCAGAAGUCUCAGGAGUUAGGACAAAAUCACUAAAGGGACAGCUUAUAGGGCUCAUAUAUGCAACUCAGUACUUGAGACUUCCCCUCAUAGCUCUCAAUAUUAUCUUUAUCAUUGUAAAACUGGUGUCUGGUUGAGUUUGAACAGUGGUGAGAAAAUAAAGACUGGUAUCUUUUAUUGGUU